AUGAGGUUCUCGCUCUUUGCCGUUCUCGCCCUGGCUGCUGCACUCGUCGCCGGCCAGACGGUCACCACUAUCGACGCCUUUGGUCAGACUGUCGUCGAGGUCAUCACUGUCGACCCUCAGCUCGGCCUGCCGACAACGCAGACGCUCCAAACGCUCACCACCACUACCUCGACGUCGACGACCACUACAGAGGGUCAGGCAGGGCCCGUCGGCGUCCCGCAAACAGGGCAGGCAGGAGCGACGCAGACGGUGUACACCUACACGACCACUAACGCCAACGGUAACACCGUGGCCCUCCUCGGCACCUUCACGCCCACGUAUGCAACCACCUCCUACACCGGACUUCCGCCCCCCGGCACCAUACUCGACUACAGCUCUUGGCGGGAGAGCCUUGGCACUAACACUGUCGUCCGGGUCUCCAACGGCAGCCUUGCCCGCGCACCGAUCUCCGUGUCUUGGGCAGCCAUCACCGCCGCUCUGGGAGCAGGGGUUGUAGGGGGUGCCUGGCUCGCCCUCGCAUGA